UAUCUAAAAAUUGACGAAUAAUACACUAUUUCUCUGUUCCAAAACUACCUUUAUUCAAUACAGGUAGAGGAAUAGAGAGAGAGAAACUGCGCGUGUGAGAGAGAAAGCGAAGAUGUACGGAUUCACGAGCUUGAGCACGGAAAAUGAAGGGGGAAUCAAAGGUGAUAUAGAGGAAGGAACCCUAUAUCCAGGUCUUGGAUAUGGCGAAAAUCAGUUGCGUUGGGGUUUUAUUCGUAAAGUCUACGGUAUUCUCGCUGCUCAGAUUCUCCUCACCAUCGUCGUCUCCGCCAUUACUGUCCUUUACGUGCCUAUUAACGAUCUCCUCCGUGGCAAUUCUGGCCUUCUUCUCUUCCUCAUUUUCCUUCCUUUCGUCCUGCUGUGGCCCUUGCAUGUAUAUCAGCAAAAGCAUCCGUUGAAUUUUGUUUUCCUUGGCCUCUUCACUGCUUCUUUGAGUCUCACGGUUGGUGUAAGCUGCGCUAAUACUGAUGGAAAAAUUGUCCUUGAAGCUUUGAUCUUGACAUCAGCUGUAGUUUCAGCUUUGACUGGAUACACAUUCUGGGCUUCUAGGAAGGGCAAGGACUUCAGCUAUCUGGGUCCAAUACUGUUUACUAGCCUCUUUGUACUUAUCCUGACUGGUUUCAUGCAGAUGUUCUUCCCUCUAGGAUCCACAACUAAUGCUCUUAUCGGUGCAGUCAGUGCUAUAAUAUUCUGUGGAUACAUUGUAUAUGACACAGACAACCUGAUUAAGAGGUUCACAUAUGAUGAGUACAUCUGGGCAUCCGUCACUUUGUACCUGGAUAUUCUGAACCUGUUCUUAACCAUUCUGCGGAUUCUGAGGCAGGGAGACAACUAGGUGCAGGGAGUGUCACCUGAUGCGCAUUUGUUUAUUUAACAAUUUUAAGAAUUUUGCUUUGCUUUGUUUAAGAAUUAUGCAGAUAGAUUGUGCGUCUCUCUGCUCGUAUAUUACUUGUAAGUAGUGUUAAAGUUUCCAAUGUUUUGAUGGUGUCAAGUACAAUUUCCGGAAGUUCAAAAUAAAGUAUCAUUGAUGUUGCACAAUUUC